CGAGCAGGGGCGGAGUCUGUGGGGCAAGAUGGCGCUGUCCUCUGUUCUGCGUCCGUUUUCGCGGCUCUUGGUCCCCGCCCGAAUCCCGAGCUGCUCUCCAACACGGUCAAAGUUCUAUGUACGAGAGCCAGCCAAUGCCAAACCUAACUGGCUGGAAGUUGGGCUGACCUUGGGCACCACAGUUUUCCUGUGGGUUUAUCUCAUCAAACAUCAUAAUGAAGAUGUUUUGGAGUAUAAAAGAAGAAAUGGAUUGGAAUAAACUUUGGAGAUAUUAAUAUAGUAUGCUUCACAUGAUGAUCAUGGCCAUGCCUCUGGAUUCACCCAUCUGUCAGUUGUGGAUAUGAGAAGAAAGUUACAUGUGAAUAUGUAUCAGUCAAGUUCACAUGUGCAUUUUACAUUGUUAAACAAAUAAAAAUACUUAGUUCUUCA